AUGAAUAACGAAAAUGACAGGCGACAUCUGCGAUCAACUGAUGGUGGAAAAGGGGGCACUUCUAGCGGGUCUGAAACCGCUGGUCUGGAUGGUUUUGGCGUUGCGUUCACGUCUGGUGGGUGGGAACCCUUUGACUUUGAUGCCUUUCUGGAGACAUCAGUUCCAGAACAGCUUUCGAUAGAGAUUGUUAACAUACUUGGUGAGGGCUACGAGGGUUUUAUUCCGCACGAAAAUCCGAGGUUGAACGUGCAAGAGACGGUAUCCAAUCCGGUAUUGGAGAAAGGGUCAAGCGGUGUCCUUGCCAAUGUCGAAGACGUCAACACCAAGACGCCUUCACAGCCUAACCGCCGAGGAAUAAGACACUCAGGUCACAGAGAUUACAGUGAGGCUGGAAACAGUCGGAAGAGACAAUUGAUCGAUCCGUUGGACGACCAAGUAUACUUUGCCUACCACAAGCGAAGAGAGAAGGAAGAGAAGAAGAUGAGUAAUCUAGAUAAAAACCGGCUUUUAUCCGAUUAUGACACUUUCCGGGAAUAUCUAACUAACCUGACGGGUUUUGGAAAAACAAGGACUAAUGGAAAUGGCCACGAAGCGUCGGAUGCUCUUGUAAGAGCUCUGACUAAGAUUACCAAGAUAGACAAUCCCGCAGACCACUACGAGGUGAACGUGAAGUACAAUUUAACUAUGCGCGAGUUGGGAUUAUUUACGAAGACUUAUGAUGAUUGGAGGUCGCGAGAGGCCGAGCUUAAGCGACAACUCGUUGAGAACAGCGCUACUAUUGAGUCUGACUCUGAAGGCGACGAGAACCUGGCGAACUCGAGGCUGAGAAAGAAAAGACUCAAGAAGCGAGGCGCUGUUUUUGGUCCCAUAGUUAAAAUCAACUUUUUGGACAAUAUCACGCUAGUCAUGGACCCUUUAUUGCCGCCUAAAGUGAUACGAAAGGACGCGAGGUAUAGUAAUGCCUGA